AUGUUGGACGAAAAUCUCCCAACGUUCUUUAUCAAAUCCCCUUCUUCCGAUAGCCCCCUCACCAGCACCAUCUAUCUCACCCAAAAUGCGUCCGAACUGCAGCCUGAAUAUUCCCUCAGACGUCCCGACCCAGCUCUCCCAACGGCAAAGAACUGCUAUGCCGUGGCACUCUAUGAUUCCCACAGCCCCGAUGUCCUAUACGCAGAGGUGCUAGUCCAGCCAGAAUGGACACAGCCCACACUCUCCCAAGCCGAAAUCCGAGCGCAAAACGGCAUCCCACCACCUCCCGUACCCAUCGUCCCAAGCAGCUUCGUGAUCCAGCUCUACAACCCCGAUCAGCAAGUCACCGUCCGGCAGAUUGCGGGGUCAUGGAAUAGUUCUGCGUAUUGGGAAUUCGAAAUGCCUCAGAGCAGUUUCCGGUUACCGUCCGUCUCGGCACUUGAUCGUAGUCAGAGUGAUCCCGCGAUUUCGGAUGUAACACCCAAGAUAGAAUUUAAGUGGAAGAGGGAUGGGAAGCUGUCGAAGGAUAUAUCAUGCUUUUUAGCUGGCAAGACGACAGAUGGGAAAAAGAAUAAGGAGCCUGAUAUUAUUGUCGCUAUGCACAAGAGCGGCAAAGAUCAGAGUCAGUUGACGAUAUACGAACCGAACAUGCAUCGAGUGGAUGUUGAAGACACGAAGGGCUUAGAAGUUGUAUUCCUCCUAGGGUCAGCUGUUAUCAAAGAUAUUUUCUUCAAUGCUAGCAGGGAGCUCUUUAACAUCAGUUCACCAACGCCUACGAACCCGAAGCGGAAGAACAGCGGGCCGGUAAUAGGUGGUAGGCCCAGCGUAUCCUCACCGAGGAUGUCAGGUGCCAUAAUGCCUCCAGCAGCGAGUCCACCAAGAAAUAAUAUCCCACCAUCACAGAUUCCACCUCAACAAUACUAUCAACCUUACCAACAACAACAACAACAACAGCAACCUACAUCCCGACCACCACCACCAGCCGACCCCCAAAUACAAUGGGAGAUAGACGCCGAAACAGCCCGCUUAAAAGCCAUGGUCGAAGCGGAAGAAAAAGAGCGCGAGCGACGGGACCGGAAAGAACAAAAACGAAUCAAAAAGAUGCUAGAAGACGAAGAAAAAGAGCGCCGAAAGCGUGAGGCAGAAGUAGCCAAAGAAACAGAACGACUUCGAAAACAAUACGGCGUGCCAGUAGCAAACCCCCAUCCAUUAUCUCAGCACCCGCCAUUACCACCUCGCACACAACAAGCAGGGCCAUCUCAACCAGCCUUCCCACAGUACCAGAGCGCCCCUCAUUCGCAACCUGUUCCUGUACAGAGGCCUGUCAGCACGCCGGGAAACCAGCCUGGUAACUCUACGUGGGCGGGGGGGUCGCAAGGGCAGUCUAGCCCGUAUUUACAGGCGCCUGGGAAUGCAGGGGCGAGCUCGAGCGGGUUUUUUGGGCUAGGUGGGGGGAAGAAGAUGCAGAAGAAGCGGAGUGUUUUCUUUUGA